AUGCCGAUGGGUUAUGCCCCCAGAGGCUACGGACAAGAGUCCGCCGAUCAGAAUACCUGCCACAGGGGGCUAGCCCUUGUUUCAGCUCACCCUAGUGUCUGCAACCAGGAAAACCACCUGUCUUCAUGUCUCAAAAAGACUUUGGCCUUUGAGGCCAUUUCAGACUUACAUGCUCAACUUGAUGGGGAUAGUAGUGGUGGCGUCGACUUCUCAGAAGCCGAAAAGCCCUCGUGUUUCUUAUUUUAUGUAGCACACAACUGGACCGUCCAAGAAACAGUACGUUGGCUGGGUGAAGGUGUCGAGCUACCUCAGUAUGACCAAGUUUUUCUUCUACACAAUGUUGAUGGAGAAACACUGCCAAGAUUGGUUAUGCGAAACCAGACUUACCUCAACGACCAUCUUGGUGUGAAGAACCAAUUUCAUCGCCGUAAACUGGUUCUAAAGACGAUGGACCUCAUUCUGUUCGGCCCUCCGAAAAAACAAUCUGCCUCCUACACGGAGCUCUCCAUCAUAACUGCCUGUGCUGCCGGCGUCUUCUUGCUAAGCUUCUUCUGCCUCAAUUACCAUUACACUCGCAAGAUGCGCGGUCGGGAUGCCCAGGCUGCCGAUGGUCUUUACGCUGCGGAACAGACGCUCAGGGAACUCCAACGGAAGUAA